AUGAAAUUCGUCAUAUUACUGUGUGUACUUAGCGCGCUGCUGCUGCAAAUCGAAGCCUCACCCGUCAAUCAUCUGGAACGUCAGUCCCGUGCAGUCUCACGUCAACAAGCCAGUGGAGUUAAUGAUGUCGCACCCGCUGCAUCUUCUACCGAUGAUGAUGAUGACGACGAUGAAGAUGAUGAUGAUGAUGAGCCAGAUCUAGGUGAUCUUGUGGAUGAUGAUGAUGAUGAUGAUGACGAAGAGGAUGAUGAUGAUGAUGAAGAAGAUGAUACCCCACAAGGUCAAGCUGCUCCAGCAUCAGGUGCCAACGAUGAUGAUGACGAUGAUGAUGAUGAUGAUUAUUUGGAUAGAUUAUUCGAUGAUAUUUUGGGUGAUGAUGACGAAGAUGAUGAAGAUGACGAUGUAGUUCCAGCCGCUAGCGUACAAAAUACUGUAGCUGCUGCACCAGCCGCACCAAUUGCUUCCCUAGAGGAUAUUGCGCCCGUUGGACAGUCUGCCGUAAGCUCUGGUAUUAACGAUGGUUUAGAUGUGCCUGCGGAAAAUGGUAACUCAGCUGACGCCUCAAUUGCUGGCAAUGCUGCCGAUGACAUCGCCUCAACGAGUAACAACAACGAAGGUGAAAUAAAUGUUUUUUAUGAUGAAGAAGCAAGUAAUAAUCUAGUAGAUAUUAGUAGUAGUAGUAGUAGUAAUGUCAGUAGAAUUAGUAAUCUUAGUAGUAGCAAUACACCACACAUUAGAAACAGUCAACAAACAUUAUCAACAUCGUCAGAACAAAUCAAACAAACCAACACGUUUAAAAAACCAACAACAGUCACAACUACAACAACAACAAACACAAGUAGUGGUAGUGGUCAGAAUGUUUUGAUUAGUCCCAAUCAUCUAAGCCGGCCAGCAUCAGCUGCUAAUGUCCUAUUAAGACCAAAUAAUGGACCAAAGGCUCAGGCAGCUGAUGCUGCUGCUGAUGAUGAAGACGACGAUUAUGAUGUCGGUGUAUUUGAUGAUGAUGAUGAUGAAGAAGAUGAUGAUGAUGAUAUUGAUGAUGGAGUUGAUGAUAUUACAGGUGCCAUAACAGGUGAUGAUGACGAAGAGGAAGCGGAUGACGAUGAUGAUGAUGAUGAAGAUGAUAUAAUUGGUGAUGAUGUCAUUGAAGCAAGACGUGAAGCACGUGCACUUAAAAAUAACAUCAUUGACAUGUCAAGUGACGCUUUCCAAGAACGGCACAAUCACUUCAUUGAUGCAAUAUUCGAGCGCAUCAAUCGCAUUGUAUCCGACAAUUAUGACCCAUUUGUUGUACGUUUAAAUGCUAGAGCUGCACCCAAAGAUGCCUCAAAUCUGCCAGCGAAGCCCGUCAAAUCACAUUCUCAUUCCACCGCACCAACAAAGAAAUUAAAAAAUACCAAAUCCGAACCUAGACAAAAUUCCGAGAUUUCGAGUGAAACCUUCGAGCCACGCAGCAGUGACAAUGAUUCCAAAAUACAAAGCAAAUUGCAACAACAACUACAACAAUUGCAACAGGAACAACAAAAGAUUAAGGACAUCAAAAAAACUGAUGGUGAAAGUUCUGAAAAAAAGACGGAUGCGUUAGUUAAGGAUGCGAACGAAAAAACUGCACCGGAAGUACGCACUAGAGUCACAAAUGAUGCUGAUACUGUGGAAAAUGUGAAAUCAGCAAAUCAAAAGAAAGUCAAUACAAAAGGACACAAACAAGGCACAAAAAAAGUUGCUGGCAAUUCUGCUGCAACGGCAAGUGCAGCAAAUAAAGUGAAACAAAGUGGCAACACCAAUAAAAAAGCCGUAGCCGGUAAGGAUGUCGAAAAAUUACAAAAAGCUGAAGGUACAUUGUCCGGUUUGGCAUCGUUGAAGCGUGUCGGCAACGUCAAAGUAGUUGCUGAUCCGGAAGGACGCAAUUCAACCAUUAAAGCUAAAUUUACAUUGGGUCCUCUGAUAUUACGAGUGGAGAAGUCAUUCAAACGUGGCGGUGUACGCAGUGUUAAGAGCGCCACUGCACGCACAAACGAAAUGAUCGGACGCAUUAAGUUUAGUGUCAUCAAUGAUCGCGCUUCAUUGUUGUCAAUUAAAGUGCAACAACCAAAGCAGGUUCAAGUUGAGAGCAAGGACAAUCAUGACCGCACACGAGAGUUCGUUUGGAGGCGUACACCCAAAAUUGCUAAAUUGGUCAAUGAAAAACUAAAAUUGGCAGCUGAGUCACUUUUCACGCCACAAGGCGUGGAAGUAGUGCGACUAUAAGUUCAAAAUUUUAGUUAGUUUUAUUUAAUUAGCAUAAAAAU